UCUCUCCCGUGAAUUACGUGGAGCGCAUUGUUCUCGUCUUCCUCCAGACUUCCGCCAAUAUUAUAAUGCGAACUUCUUCGCCUUUUCAAACCCAAAAUCUCGUCCCUUCCCCAGAAAAGAAAUUGAUUUCUCCAUAUUUGUAGCAAGCUUGGCUUUCAUUCUUUGAUGAUUUUGAUUGUUCCUGGAACAAGAGGUAGAAUCAAGGAGGAUUAGAAGAUGUUAUUCGCUGCCUUUUUAUUUACCAUAGAGUCGGCGUGAAGUAGAAGGAAUUUAUCACUUUUCUGUAUUUUGUCGGAAGUCAUAGUAGUAAUUUUCAUCUUGCAUGCUAUCUUUCAUUGUGCAUUGAGAUGGGAGGUUCUCUGGGAAAGAAAGAGUCUUCAAAGAAUUAUUCAUCAGAAUCAAAACUUGAUGCAAAGAUGGUUGAGACUAUGCGUCGAAGAGCUGCACAAGGAAGUAGCAUGAAAUCGUUCAAUACUAUAAUCUUGAAGUUUCCCAAAAUUGAUGAGAGCUUCAAAAAAUGCAAGACUAUUUUUGAGCAAUUUGAUGAAGAUUCGAAUGGUGCAAUUGACCCUGACGAACUUAGACGUUGUUUUCACAAACUUCAAGUUGAUUUUACCGAAGAAGAGAUUAAUGAAUUCUUCAAGGCUUGUGAUAUUGAUGAAAAUAUGGCAAUUAAGUUCAACGAGUUCAUUGUCCUCCUGUGUCUUGUCUAUUUACUCAAGGAGCCCACAACUUCACAAGCAAAAUCACGUUUAGGAUUGCCAGAACUGGAGUCCACGUUUCAGACUUUGGUUGAUGCUUUUGUAUUUCUCGACAAAAACAAGGAUGGACAUGUUAGCAAAUCUGAGAUGGUUGAAGCCAUAAAUGAAUCAACCUCAGGUGGAAGAUCAUCGGGACGUAUAGCUAUGAGGAGAUUUGAUGAGAUGGAUUGGGAUAAGAAUGGAAUGGUCACCUUCAAAGAGUUCCUUUUUGCUUUCACCAGAUGGCUGGGGAUUGGCGGCACUGAAGAAGAGGAAGAAGAAUGAAUGACUACGCUUGCAUAUUAUCCUCAAUAUUUAGCAAAGUUUGCCUUUGUUUGAAGCACAAAACACAUGGAAAUGGGCAUAACCUCUUCAAUAACCAGUCAGGAAUCCAAUCAAUGAAUUAUAAAACUAUGUAUGGUUCAAUUGAUUUGUCAUUUGUAUCUCCAUCUGAACAGAAUAGAAAAUUAAAGAAAUCAUCAAGUUGCUUCCUUUUGUUCUGCUGCAGGCCUUGAAGACAUCUGCUUCAAUCUUUAUAACCUUGGGUACUGCAGAUUCUAAAUAACUGUUUUUAUAAAAGAAAUGAAUAAUUAUCCAUCUACACUUUUGGCUUGUUUUGUUAGCACCAUUUAUUUGUUUUACUUGACCACAACAGCUGAAAAAUAAAUUCUGCUAUGGUUACUGUGUUGGAUUUUAUUAUUA